CGAUCAAUCUUCUCUCGCAGCCCACACACAGAACAGAACAGAACAGAACAGAACAGAAGAGAGACCUCACCUCCAUCCCAAUAAACCAUAACAAUGAGUAAUUACCAGAGAGCACCCCAAGAACCCUAUCCCCCUCCAGGGUACGGAUCUCCUUAUCCUCCACCACAGGGUUAUACUUAUCCCUUAGCGCAACCGCCAACGGGUUACCCAUCAGCGCCACCACCGCCGCCACCUGGGUAUGCUGGUUACCCGCCGCCGCCGCCGUAUGAAGGUUACCAAGCAUAUUUCAAUGAGGGGUAUGGGUAUCCACCUCCACCACCUCCUCCUCAUCCUCAAUACCAAUGCCACCAUGUCCAGCAUCAUAGUCACGAUAACCACGGUUUUGCUUCAUUCUUCCAAGGCUGCUUGGCAGCGCUUUGUUGCUGUUGUUUGCUAGAGGAGUGUUGCUUUUUUUGAUAAUCACUUUAAAAAUUGUAUCUUCAGUUUGGUGCACUUGGUUGGUUAUAGCUCUCUGGAGAAAUGUUGCUCUAAUGUCUUAUUUGGUCUUGUAACAGUUGGUCUUCUCCCCAGCCCCCCUUCAUUAUUGCGUUGUUCAUAGGUUCUGUGAUGUGGCCUUUGUGAAUUUCUUUGUAUAAACGCCUAAUAUAUAAUGGAAAUUGUAAACAGUCUUUUUAUGUGGAAUA